UGCAUUCACCCAUCCAAUAUUUCUUGAGCACCUACUGUACACAGGCAGGGACCUCACUCAGGAGGGCCUGCAGUCUGUAACCAUAGCAGAGCACUAAAGACAGAAAGAGAGUGUGAUCGGAAAAUGGAGGCUUCCUGUCACCAGGAUAAAUCAUUUGCAAGAGUCCUACUAAAUGGCUGAAUAUAUUGACCUUUUGGAUUUAGGAUUAGCUGUUUAAAUAUCAGCAGCUGUUGGCCCCAGUUAUCGCCAACCAGCUUGUCCCUUGUGGGUUAAAUAAUAAUAUUGUCCAUUUGCUCUUCUAUACACUGAUUACAUUGUUCCCUGACCAAGUUCUGCCCUUAAUUCAGAAAAUUUGAUUAGCCCCUCCCUUUCAUUGUCUGUUGUGAUAUCACAGAAUUACUGUGGCAACAGACUAUGAUGUCAACAGCUUGCCUGCUGCUGCUAAAAAGAACCACACUGGUCAGAAAGGGAUCUGUCAUGUGAAGACAAAAUGGAAUGACAUAGAAAGCCGGAGGAACUGAAAUGUGAUAUCAAAAAAAAAAAAAAAAAAAGAAUAUCUUGGCAGUGUAAGAUAACAGGGGGCCUUGGAGCCUCCUUUGCUAGAACCCUUUAAAAUCAGUGAGGCAGUUUUGAGGACCGACUAGGGAGCAGACUUGCCUAGUGGGAGGGGAACGGGACAGGUGACCUUCAGAAGGCCUUGCAGUUCAAGGAUCCUAAAGACGUGGAGGACAUUAAGGAAGGGAGAGAUUGGACAGGCUCUGGGCUCUGGAGAAUUUAAAGGAAUUAACACUGAUGCAGACUCCUUGCUCCUGAGCAGAUCUGACAGUUACCAGCUGGAAUUUAUCAUCUUGCAUCUGGAAGAUUUGCGGCAAUAAACACACAGUGACCCCCUCACAAGCCCCAUUUGCUCCCCUCUGCCUCACAAGGCUGGGAGAAAGCUUUCCUUCCAUUUCACCCAAGCAAAAGAGCUUCUUCUUCACCAUCUAUUCUGAUGCUACAACAUCCACGCCCGUCCACGCUCUGCCUCCACCGUGUCCAGCUCUCUACCAGCGGGACCACUGUAUGCAGAGGGCAAGCGAGCUGCUGCCCGGUCUGAGGGGAGGGUGGCAGGGGGCUGAUCGCCAAGAUGCCUCAUGCAUUAUGCUCCUGUCUGUACAGAAGGCUGGGCAGGCUGAGAGACGAGAAAGGAGACUUCCUUAAUUAAUCUCAUCUUCUCGGCAGUGGCAGCAAUAACAGCACAUGAACCCGGAGCCUCCUUUAACCCUUGUGCCCACAGGCUCUGAAGGGUCUCUGAAAAGCAAGUUGGCUUUUAGCUCCAGAGCCAGUGUCUGGCAUUGGCAGCCUGGGAGGCAGGAGUACCGUCUCCCUGCGGGUCGGGCUGGCAGGAGUUCCUGCCGUGCAGAUGGGAAUGCAGCCCCGUGCUCCUCCGCCCGCCCAGCUACUCUGUGUCCUUAGCUCAGUGAGGUCGGACUACCUGGAAGUGGCACACCUGCUCUGUGCAUGCCUGUCUCUUCUCUUCUGCAUUUUCUCCUUGGGAGUACGAACCAGGAGGAUGCCGUGCCCUCCUUGCUUAUUCUGCCUCCAGUCGUCUGACCGGGUAGCAUUCUGGCUGAGAGCUAGGAUGCCACAGGCCCAAUAGGGCACCCGGAUGACCCUUACCACCACCCAGCAGGAGCCCCCUCCCUGUUCUCCACUGCCAGAGCCAGGAAGAGGAGGCAGCUGCAGAGUCUCCCUGCCAUCACUCGCCUGCAUCUCUGCCACAGCAUUUAGGGUUGGACCGGAGGACUUACUUCUCAGAGGGAUGGUAGCAGCUGGGUGGCUGGUGGGUCCUGUGAGGCUGCCGAACUGGGGAGCAAGCUGCCAAAAAGAUGUUGAAGUUUCGGGCUGAUCGACGGGUCAGCCACAAUGAAAGACAGAACACCUUUCGGCACCCAGUGACUGGCCAGGUCCCAGAGGAAAACAAAAAAUUUGACUUAAAAACAUUGGCCUUGGACAUGUCCAAUAAAACAGGUGGGAAACGCCCUGCUACCACGAACAGUGACAUAGCCAACCACAACAUGGUGUCUGAGGUCCCUCCAGAGCGGCCCAAUGUCCGGGCGGCUCGGACAUCCCGCAAAGCCAUCGCUUUUGGCAAGCGCGCACACUCCAUGAAGCGGAACCCCAACACCCCUGUCACCAAGGCAGGCUGGCUCUUCAAACAGGCCAGCUCUGGGGUGAGGCAAUGGAACAAGCGCUGGUUCGUGCUGGUGGACCGCUGCCUCUUCUACUACAAAGAUGAGAAGGAGGAGAGCGUCCUGGGCAGCAUUCCCCUCCUGAGCUUCCGGGUCGCAGCUGUUCAGCCCUCAGACAACAUCAGCCGGAAGCACACAUUUAAGGUGACUGUGUGCUGGGUGGAUGAGGCCAGGGCCAGUUCCACGCACUGCCUCUCCCCGCAGGCCGAGCAUGCUGGUGUCCGUACCUACUUCUUCAGUGCUGAGAGCCCCGAGGAGCAGGAGGCCUGGAUCCAGGCCAUGGGGGAGGCUGCCCGGGUACAGAUCCCUCCAGCCCAGAAGUCCGCGUCCCAGCCUGUGCGUCACAGCCACGAGAAGCCAGACUCCGAGAACAUCCCACCCAGCAAAGCCCCCCACCAGCCACCUCACAACAGUCUCCCCAAGCCCGAGCUAGAGCCCAAGACUCGAGGGGAGGGUGAUGGCCGAGGCUGCGAGAAGGUGGAGCGGAAACCUGAAAGGCCUGAAGUCAAGAAGGAGCCUCUGGUGAAAGCCAAUGGCAUUCCAGCUGGACCCGAGCCAGGCUCAGAGCCUGGCAGCCCUUACCCCGAGGGCCCAAGGGUGCCAGGGGGUGGGGAGCAGCCAGCUCAACCCAAUGGCUGGCAGUACAGCUCCCCAAGCCGACCCGGAAGCACGGCUUUCCCACCUCAGGAUGGAGAGAAUGCAGGGCACCGGCGGAGCUUCCCGCCACGCACGAACCCUGACAAAAUCGCCCAGCGCAAGAGUUCCAUGAACCAGCUGCAGCAGUGGGUAAACCUGCGCCGAGGGGUGCCGCCGCCUGAAGACCUUCGGAGCCCCUCGAGGUUCUACCCAGUGUCCCGCCGAGUCCCUGACUAUUAUGGCCCCUACCCCUCUCAGUAUCCUGAUGAUUACCAGUACUACCCACCAGGGGUGCGACCCGACAGCAUCUGCUCCAUGCCCGCCUACGAUCGGAUUAGCCCUCCCUGGGCCCUGGAGGACAAGCGCCAUUCCUUCCGCAAUGGGGGCAGCCCUGCCUACCAGCUGCGCGAGUGGAAGGAGCCUGCAGGCUACGGACGGCAGGAUGGCACCGUCUGGAUCCCCAGCCCCUCCCGGCAGCCAGUCUACUACGAUGAGCUGGAUGCCGCCUCCAGCUCCCUGCGCCGCCUGUCCUUGCAGCCCCGUUCCCACUCUGUGCCCCGCUCACCCAGCCAAGGCUCCUACAGCCGCGCCCGCAUCUACUCCCCGGUCCGCUCACCCAGUGCCCGCUUUGAGCGGCUGCCACCUCACAGCGAGGACAUCUAUGCUGACCCUGCCGCCUAUGUGAUGAGGCGUUCCAUCAGCUCCCCCAAGUAUGAUUACCUGGGAGACAGGCGACCAGUCCCUGCAGGACUGUUCCCCUACAACUACCCACCAUCCCCCACGGUCCACGAUAAGAUGGAUGAACUUUUAGAUCUUCAGUUGCAAAGAAACCUAGAGUAUUUGGACCAGCAGAUGAGUGAGAGCGAGACUCUCAUCAGUAUGGUGAACCGCAUGGUGGAGAACUCCUCCCCCAGGGCCCAACUCUUCGUGCAAGUCCCUCCGUACCCAGAAGUGUUCCGGGACAGCCUGCACACCUACAAGUUAAACGAGCAAGACACGGAUAAGCUGCUGGGCAAGUUGUGUGAGCAGAACAAGGUGGUGAGAGAGCAGGACCGGCUGGUGCAGCAGCUCCGAGCAGAGAAGGAGAGCCUGGAAAGUGCUUUGAUGGGAACCCACCAGGAGCUGGAAAUGUUUGGAAGUCAGCCUGCCUACCCAGAGAAGCUGCUGCACAAGAAGGAAUCCCUGCAGAACCAGCUCAUCAACAUCAGGGUGGAGCUGUCUCAGGCAACCACGGCGCUGACCAACAGCACCGUGGAGUAUGAGAACCUCGAGUCCGAGGUCUCUGCCCUGCAUGAUGACCUCUGGGAGCAGCUCAAUUUGGACAUCCAGAAUGAGGUGCUCAACCGGCAAAUCCAGAAGGAGAUCUGGAGGAUCCAGGACGUGAUGGAGGGGCUGAGGAAGAACAACCCGUCUCGGGGCACAGACACUGCCAAGCACAGAGGAGGACUCGGGCCCUCGGGCACCUACAGCUCCAACAGCCCGGCCAGCCCUCUCAGCUCUGCCAGCCUCACCAGCCCCCUGAGCCCCUUCUCACUGGUGUCUGGCUCUCAGGGGUCCCCCACCAAGCCGGGGUCCAACGAGGAGCCUGGCCCACCUCGGCCACCCCUCCCCAAAGCCUACGUCCCCCUGGAGUCUCCUCCCACCGUCCCUCCACUCCCUAGCGAGAGCCGCUUCUGGCCUUACCCCAACUCCCCUUCCUGGCACCGCAGUGGCGAGACAGCCAGGGGUCAGCCCAAGGCAAGCUAUGAGCAGAGCAAGAAAGACCCUCACCAGACAUCACCCCUGGACACCCCCAAAGACAUCAACCUUCUGCCCACCAGGCAAGAGGUGGAGGCAGAGAAGCAGGCAGCUCUCAACAAAGUUGGCAUCGUGCCUCCUCGGACAAAGUCACCCACUGAUGAAGAGGUGACCCCUUCAGCAGUGAUGAGGAGGACCGCCAAUGGACUCACCAAUGGGAUCUCCUCCCGGCAGGAGCGCCCCAAGAGCGCCGUGUUCCCUGGUGAGGGCAAGGUCAAGAUGAGUGUAGAGGAGCAGAUUGACAGAAUGCGGAGGCACCAGAGUGGAUCCAUGAAGGAGAAGCGGAGGAGCCUGCAGCUCCCGGCCAGCCCAGCCCCUGAACCCAGCACGCGACCUACCUACAAAGUGGUGCGUCGUCAUCGCAGCAUUCACGAGGUGGACAUCUCUAACCUAGAGGCAGCCUUGCGUGCAGAAGAGCCUGGUGGCCAGGCCUAUGAGACACCACGGGAGGAAAUUGCCCGGCUUCGCAAAAUGGAGCUGGAGCCCCAGCACUAUGAUGUGGACAUCAAUAAAGAGCUCUCCACCCCGGACAAAGUGCUCAUCCCUGAACGGUACAUUGACCUGGAGCCAGACACUCCCCUGAGCCCUGAGGAGUUGAAGGAAAAGCAGAAGAAGGUGGAGAGGAUCAAAACACUUAUUGCCAAGUCCAGUAUGCAGAACGUGGUGCCCAUCGGCGAGGGGGACUCUGUGGACGUGCCCCAGGACUCAGAGAGCCAGCUGCAGGAGCAGGAGAAGCGGAUUGAAAUCUCCUGUGCCCUGGCGACCGAGGCCUCCCGCAGGGGCCGCAUGCUGUCUGUGCAAUGCGCCACCCCAAGCCCUCCCACCUCCCCUGCCUCCCCGACUCCACCAGCCAACCCCCUCUCGUCUGAAUGCCCCCGGGGCGCCGACAGCAGCCAUGCCUUGCGGGUCUGAGCUCAACUGCAAGCCCUGGCCGAGGCCAAUGCUGUGAAGCUCCACAGAGCCACGUUCUGAAGUGUCCUCUGCCCAACGGAGGGCCUGGCUGCCCACCCUGGCGCCCAUCCCUGCACUCCCAUGGGAGUGCCGCAGGGAGCCAGGCUGGGGGCGAGGGCUGCUGCCGAAGGAAUGUGGACACCUAAAGCCCCACUGCUCACACUGGGGCCUAGUGAGAACUGGGAUGGUGAGGUGGGGAGGCUGUCUUCUCUGGUGCCCAAGUCACAGGGAGCCCCAGCCUGACUCUGGCCGGCAAGGUGGUGGCCCUACCUGAACAUUCCCUGGUGGAGAAUGCGCCCUGGUGGGGAGCAUGCCUUCGGCUGCCUUAGCAAAGAAUAGAGGUGAAGGACAGAUGGACCCUCAAUGCGAAGGAUAGUACCUACCAUCACCCCCUCCCUAUCUGCCCCAGCUGUGCCCCAGGCUUUGCCACAUCUCUGCGGAUAGGGCUUCUUGGGGUUCAGUGGAGACCAACCACCCUGCCUGAGCCAAAGACAAGAGGAUAAGUGGGGAGGGGUGGGGGAGGCUCCUGGGCUCCCAGAGGGGACUGAGCUGGCUGUGGAUGGAGAGCAGCAGGUCUGUGCAGUGUCUGAGGUCAGGUUGAGAAGGGUAGCUGAGAGGAAGGGAGAGGGCCUGGAGAGUGGGGACGAGGAGGAGGUGUCACAAGAAGGUGGGCAGGGGAGAUGGGAAGAGGAUAGAACGGGCUUCCCCACGGCAGCAGAGCCUAAGGUCAGUGCUGAGUGUUAAGCAGACGGUCCCCUCUGCAACUCCACCUCAACCCCAGGAGCAAGUGACCCAGGGGACCUGCCAGCAGGGUAUGCAGUGGCUUCAGCUAAGGUGCUUGGUGUGGGACCGAGGUGUGGGUGAGGGACAGUCAGUAGUGACAGCCCAGGAGAUGGUCCUUCCUGAGCCAGGGUCUGGUGUCUGCCUCCCCCUCCUCGGGUCAGGGGCCGCAGAGGAAAGCACCUGUCUUACAGAGGGUGUGGCUCGCCUUGGGCCUUGCCUAGCCAGUUUCUUGCCCCUUCCCCUUGCAGUGCUGCCGCCCCCCUGACGGCUUGCCCCAGGAGGGGGAUGAGGCCUGAAUCUGGGGGGCCAGCUUCCAGGCCUGGUCCCUCACCCCAGGCAUCUAGAGCAGGAGGACCAAGGCUGGGAUUACAGUGCACCUGCCCAGGGAAGCAGCUGGGGGAGAGACGGAAGCAAAGCACGUCCUUCCUCCACUCCACCCACCUUGAGAUGAAUGUAGCCAGAGAGGACAAAGGAGGGGGACCUGAGGACACCUGGCCCUGAGAGUUUUUCUGCCAGAGUUGCUGCCAGAGACUUCAGUGUGACCAGCAGCACCAAGAACAAGUGCUUCCUCUCCCACCGGUUCCUCUCCACUCCUCCAUGGCUGGAGCAGCUGCUGGCUCAUAUGCAAGCAGAGGUGACAAUUCAUUCAGCACACGCUGACUGACCAUCUUGUAGGAACCAGGCACUGUUCUAGGUGCUUCGGAUAUUCUCACGCUUCUGAGGGACUACGGACUGGGAGGAUUCCGCCUACUUUCCCUUCUCGUAGGUUUUUUGGAACAUGAAAAUGACCCGCGGGUACAUCUCCCACCUUCGCAGUUCAAGCACCCCAAAUCUGUUCUUGCCCCGCUACACGCUGGCAGGUGGGAUUGGCUCCCAGGUCACCCUCUCUUUCCACCCGCUUCUCCUUCCAUAGGAAACAGAUUGUUCAGGGCCUUCCAUGCCUUCGCCUUUCUUGAUCUCUCUCCUUUUUUUAAAGUGGUAUUUUUAGAAAUCUACAUGUAAAGUACUGAGAAAUAAUGUCGACACCUCUGCCACCUCUCUCCCCUGUGUCAUAAAGCCAGCGCCGUGUGUUGCUUUACAUGCCUUAAUAUAUGUUUCUUGGAGAUGAUUCACGUUAUGGAUAUCUGUGUAAUAUAUUCGUUUGUUUGGGUAUCAGUCCUUUCCUCAGCUCCUGCCUGGGCCCCUUCCUCUCCACAGUGUUCCUAGCAUGUUGAGGCCAUAACCCUUGCCUUUUUGAUCCAAAGAAGGGGAGAGAGGAAAGACUUAUCUUAAGACAGAUCUAUUUUAUGCUUUUGUUUAAAAAGCAAAACUAUUUCAAAAUGUGCAAUGUCUGAACAGGAUGGGCUGGUGGUGUAACGAGGCGGGUGUGGCAGUGGUGAGUCCCAGUCCUGUGCCCAUCCCUCUGCCCACAGCCCCCUGCCUUCCCAUUGCACACUCAGUGAAGGGCCGGUCCCCAGGGCUUCCCCAGCAAGCAUCUUGCCAGGACAGGCCUUUCCCCCGAAGCCCCGCUCCAAGGAUUUGAUGGCACUGUCAGCUCCCACUGGCGCUGGCAGGGUUGCCAGUGCCCGAGUCCUCCUGGAGGAAAUGUUUACAGUCACGUGCAGGACGGACACCGAGGCAGGCACACAUCCUCAUGGCUCCUGGCCACCUGCCCUUGUCCUGCUGCUGGAAAGGAGGAAUUUCAUGGCAGCCCAUGCUGAAAGCACUAGGAUGUCCUCCUGCUCCCUGCGGGACCUGUGACUUGGUGCACGGCCCAGAGGAAGUGGCUUGGGGUCCUCUGUGCUGUCCCUGCUCUUGAGUUCCUUGGACUUCUCACACUUGCGCUUGGUUCCUCUCAGGUGGGGCUCACACCCAUGGCAUCUGGCUUCUCUUUGUGACCUUGCUUUCUGGACCUCUUCUUCCGGGCAUGGCACCUCGGUCUGGCAUCCAGGCUGUGAAGUCACCUUCUAGGUGGGGAGGGUCCCACCGACAAUGUAACAUCUCAGCUUUGCCCGAGAAACCCUGGGCCUUCAGCAGGCUGCUUGCUGGGGCACUGAACUAUGCCAGCCCAGCCUCUCAGACUGCCCGUUGAUCAUCAGAGUGAGCAGCGAGGCUCUUGACUUGCAAGGAUUUGGGGGCGAUGGAACUCUGUCCAGAUCCAAAUCAAGAGUUUUGGAAUUUUGCACACAGCUCCUGGCCAGCAUUUGAAGCCUGACCCCCAACGCUGGAUUUUGCUGGUACUGUGUUCCAGCCUAGAAUACCUUGCUAUGAACGAACAGGGUCCAGAUGGAAGCCCAGGGCUAAGCAGCCCUGCUGUGGAAAGCCUUGGCUACUCAUCUGGUCCCUUUCCAAUUAGCCCAUCACCUCCCUGAUCAAUAACCAAGAGGCUGCAACCGAAUACUGCUACUGUCACUUUAGAGAUGUUCCCAGGUGCAAGCUGUGCGCGUUUGCUCCGCUGCCUGUGUGCCAGGCAUGGUUUUGAGGCAGGGCCGACUGCAACAAGAUGGGAUCACUUCCUUUCCCCUCUACCUGGCAGCUCUUAAAACUAAGGAAAAUAUUAUAUAUAUAUAUAUAUAUACAUAUAUCUAUUUAUGCACAUAUUGGGGCCAAUUUGAUUUACUAGAAUUAGACAAUAAACCGUAUAAGGAACUGUAUGAUCUCAGUGUCUUUAUUUAGCAUAAAAGUGACCUUAAGUGAGUUAAGGUUAGAGAAACAGAGAGCACCUCUGUGGGGACCAAACCGCUGUAGCAUCAUGCCCUUAGCAGCUGUCUAGCCGUCAAGCCCUCCCCGAGGAGGGACAUCCUGACAGAUAGGGAGAGUUUGCCCCCUUCUUUCAGAGCAUUCUUAUUCAGUCUACUUCAGAAUCCUGGUGAGUUCUGCAUUUGUAUAUUGCAAGUUUGUAUAAACCCAAUCCCAACAAUAAAAUGAAUGGUUUGUA